GAAAAUUUUGGGACUUUCACAAUAUUCAACACAUCCCUAUCUUUCAAACCAAGAUAAUCCGCGUUAAAUUCACGUCGAAAAUUAAAAUCCCUAUAUAAACUACGUUCAAAAUACUGACGUCCUUUUUCUCUCGCAAAUUCAAAUUCCUUUCACUCGGAUCCAACUCCCAAAUCCCAUCUCUCUCGUAUUUCUCUUUUUUUAAUUCUCAGCUUCACAACAACGAAAAUGGGGAAGGGUGCUAAGCGGAAGACCGCCAUCAAAGAUGCAGCCGACGCCUCCAAAGCUUCCUCUUCUUCGCAGGACAACCACAAAGACCACCAGCAGCGGCAGCCGAAGCGGCAGACCAGCAAAGCUCUUCGAGCCAAGCGCGUCAAGCAGGAAGAUAAACCGGAAGCCAAGACGGAGUACUUUGAAGAUCAGCGGAGCUUGGAAGAUUUGUGGAAGGCGGCUUUCCCUGUUGGAACUGAGUGGGAUCAGUUGGACUCACUCUACCAAUUCAAGUGGGACUUCUCAAAUCUGGAAGAUGCAUUUGAAGAAGGGGGAAAGCUCCAUGGGGAGAAAGUUUAUCUUUUUGGUUGUACAGAGCCUCAAUUGGUCCCAUACAAUGGGGAAAACAAACUCAUCUGCAUUCCUGUAGUGGUGGCAGUUGUGUCUCCUUUCCCACCUUCUGAUAAGAUAGGUGUUAACUCAGUUCAAAGGGAGGCUGAAGAAAUUAUUCCCAUGAAGGAAAUGAAAAUGGACUGGGUUCCAUAUAUACCUCUAGAAAAACGAGACAUGCAAGUAGAGAGGCUGAAAUCUCAAAUAUAUAUCUUGGGUUGCACGCAAAGAAGGAGUGCUUUGAGACAUUUGAAGUUAGAUCGCAUUAAGAAAUACGAAUAUUGCUUGCCUUAUUUCUACCAGCCAUUCAAAGAAGAUGAAUUUGAACAAAGUACUGAGGUUCAAAUUAUGUACCCACUUGAACCACCAGUUGUUUGUUCAUUUGAUUGGGAAUUAGAUGAACUUGAGGAGUUCACUGAUGAUUUGGUAAAUGAAGAGGCAUUGACUGAAGAUCAAAAGGAUGCCUUUAAGGAAUUUGUAAAAGAAAAAGUUCGGGAAGCAAAGAAAGCCAAUCGAGAGGCAAGGGAAGCCAGAAAAAAGGCCAUUGAGGAAAUGAGUGAGGAGACUAAAGCAGCAUUCCAGAAAAUGAGGUUUUACAAGUUCUAUCCUGUCCAAAAACCGGAUACACCAGAUAUAUCAAAUGUAAAGGUUCCAUUCAUAAAUAGAUAUUACCGAAAGGCUCAUGAGGUUCUAUAAUCAAGCUCAUUUCACAGUUGUAUUCCAUAGAUGUUCGAAAUCUGAUAUUACUGCCGAAGGGGGCAAAUCGCUCAAUCAAUGAUUUUGAUCAUCAUAUGCACUCAAAUUAGGGGGCAUGCUCUUUAUGUCCUGACACAGAGAUUCUGCAUCAGUCUAGGUGUUGCAGGCAGAUCCGUGUAAACUUAUAGUAUCAGCGUUUCCAGAUAAUUGAUUUAGUUAUUCAUGUCAGUGUAGAGGAACAUCUGUAAGAUAGUAUGUUGAGACGAAGUAUCUGAAAUUUUUUAUUGGAGUUCUCAAGCUUCCUGUGAGGAGAUUCCCUGUCACUCAAGUUUGUUGGGAGUUUCAUGUUUGGGAACUUUUGUGUACGAGUGGGAGCUGGAUUAUCAAACAUAAUUAAAUUAGGACCAAUUAAUAAUUUUAUGUAAUAAAAAACAUUCUAUUUUAUUCUUGACA